ACCUAGCUAGGCUGCUUUCUCCCAACUCGAUCACGGAAAGAAGCUCUACAUCUUUAUCGUCCGCAGUAAAUUCUUCCGUUUUCUGCAUUUUAUUAUCCUCUCACAAAAUUUUACUGUGUAAAGUGUGUGAAGAGGGCAGGGUAUACUAAUACAUGGCAUGAUCACCAUAGCUUCGAGCUCACUCCCCCUGUGAUGUCUGCACCUUCUCACCCUCUUUCAUGUGACCUUCUUCCUCCCUGUGAUCUGCGUCAAUUCAUCUGCUCUAGCUACUUUUCUCUUUCAAUUCAUAUAUAUAUAUAUAUAUAUAUAUAUACACACUCCGUAUAUUUAUAUAUCCGUGCAUUUCUUCCAUUGUUGUGCUGCUAGCUAGCUUCCUCCGCCAUAUAUAGCUUCCGUUUAUGAUCAACAACUUAACAGCGCAAGUUGCCAUAUAUAUAUAAUUAACUCAAGUUGCCAUGAAGGGCUGCGCUGCUACUCUUCUCAUCAUCAUUCUUCUCCUUUUUUCCCCAUUUGCCAUGCCUGCUAGGCUUAUCGGAAAGUUCAACCCAAAUGAGAGGCACGGCGGCGAGGAGUCAUCGGCGGCGGAAGUUGGAGGGGAGACGACGAUGAUGAUGCAGAAAAGAGGAGAUACGCUAGCGAUAGCGGGAUCAAGAUUGCCAGACUGCUCUCACGCAUGUGGAUCGUGCCACCCUUGUAGACUAGUGAUGGUUAGCUUCGUCUGCUCCACUCUGGAAGAAGCUGAGACUUGUCCCAUGGCGUACAAAUGCAUGUGCCACAACAAGUCCUAUCCCAUUCCUUAAUCGCGGUUUCUGUCACUUUUUGUACGUGACAUAUAGCUAGCUAGCUAAUUAAUUACGUAGGCGUAGCGGCUAGGUUGGGUACGGUGUACGUAGUUUCAAUAAAUUAAACUACUGCAUGCAUGUGUAUUUCCAUGUUACGUUAGUGUACCAAGUUUAAUUUAUGUUCUUAUAAUAUAAACGCCAAAUUAAAGGA